CCCAUACACAUCAAUUUUGUUUUGUGUCACUCAAAGACAAAAGUCAAAUCUACAGAGAGUGGAGGCGAAAGAAUCUUGUUUGGCUUCUCUCUAAUUUUGGCUCUGGAAAAUUCAUUUGUUCUUUGGCCUUGGUAUGAGGACAGGGGAGGAGUCCGAAUAUUACGGUGGGAUAUAAUUAGAACCCUUCUUCCCUUUUCCUCUCUAACUCGUUUAUUCUAUUCAGUCUUUAUUUUGAUUUCUUGGGAAUAAAAAACAGGGGAAGGUGUGGGAUAGGCCUUCUGAAAAGGUGAGGAGACCUAUUCCAUUCCCUUGCAAUCCACAAUUGUUGGCUCUUGCCUGCCGAUAAGUCUUUCGUCUUCCCCAACCCUCAUUGCUUUGCGUUUGCUGCAUUUCCCCUCCCCUACUUUGAAGCUCGAAGGAUCCUGAUCUUCCUCCUCUGGUGGUACCUGGUGAGCUCUCUCUCCCCUGUUUCUUCUCAAAAAAGUUUGAAACUUUCUCGCCAAUUUGAAGAGAUAUGAAAUUCUGGAGUUACGGGUUGGUUAUGGAUUCCAGAAAUUGGAAACAGAGUCGUGGGGUUUUCUUCUUUCUUUUCGCUCGUGAAGUAAGCAUUCUCCUUUCCCUCGGUUUAUCCUUUACGUAGAGCGGUUACGAUGUGGUUGGGGAGGGACUAAACCGUCUUUCCCACUUUUUUGCCUGGGUUCGGCAGCUACUUCUUCUUUCUUCCCCAGAAGCGACGUUUUUGGAAAGGGAUCUCUCACUCGUCUCUCCCAAUUCGUUGGAGAAAGAAACCCUCUCCAGGUCCAGGGUCGCUCUCAAUUACGUAGGGUUCUUACGCCACGGCCGAUUCUUUAUUGUUUCUCAUCUCUUGUCCUCCACCACGUAAAUUGAUUGAUUAAAUAUUAAACCUCAUGUUAAUUGCUCUGUUUUUAAUUUGUUUGUGGUUAAUAAUGAGUAAUGACGAGCGUGCGCUUUUCUUUAACAAUCUGCAGGCUAGCCGCGGGUCCCACCACCGGCCACCGGGGUAGAAGGAAGAGGUCAAGCCGAGGAUCUGCAUCUGCUGCAACGCGGCUGAAUAAGGAGGGCGGCGGCGGCGGCGAGGUGGGAGGUCAAUUCGCUUGGCCUCCCAAAUUACGAAGCUUCCUCUGAAUCGGGCUGUCUAACAUUGACAGCCCGAUUUGCCAUUGCCGCGUUUCCUUUUCCUUCUCAGGUAAAGAUUCAAUAUCCCCAUUCGAAUAUCCUUUUUUCCAGAAACCUUCUUAAUUCGGUUUCCUCGAUUGUUGACAACAAAAAUCUCCAUCCCCUGUUUCUUUGCAGACCCUCCAUUCGUUCCCUUCUGGGUACCGCUCAGAUUCCGCCAGUAUUGGUGUUUUCUUGUGAAAGUUGCCGGCUUUCGGCUUCCACCAAUAUGAGUUCCUUGUCUGGAUUCUUCCAGCGGCCGAUAGUAGCAGCAGCCGCCGUCGCCGUUGCAUCUGUUUCCACCGACAUCUCCGACAGACUGCCUUCUCUCAAACCAACCCAUGAUUCUUCUGCAGCAUCUCAUUCUUCACGGCUUCCGGAUUCCAGCUUCUCGUGGGCUUCUUCUCGCGCCUCCGUCUCCAAGCUGGCCGAUUUCAACUUCGUUAGCAGAAUUCGUGUUCCAAUCCCUAAUGCCAACAUCCUCGCCCCUGUUUCCACCCAAGUGUUGCCUCCCAUCAAUGCAGCCACAUCAGCAGCUUCUUCGGUCGCUGGUUCGCCUCUCUUGGUUGAUGUGUACAACUCGGCGCAGCUGGCGAAAGGACCUUCACAUUCUGCGCCUCUGAUCACCCUGGCUUCUUCGACUCCGGAUGUUUUGUACAGGUGGCACCUGCCAAACCCUAAUGCCGUUUAUGUCAAUGGCUCGUCUGAUUGCUCGUCGGCGAAGUCUAGGACUGUUGUAGUUUUGCUGGGAUGGUUGGGGUCGAAGCAGAGGCAUCUGAAGAAGUAUGCUGAGUGGUAUACAUCAAUGGGAUUCCAUGCCAUUACAUUCACAUUCCCCAUGGCUGAGGUUCUCAGCUAUCAGGUAGGGGGUAAAGCUGAGCAGGAUGUGGAAAUGCUCGUGAACCAUCUCGUCGAUUGGUUAGACGAUGAGCCAGGGAAGAAGAACGUGGUUUUCCACACUUUCAGCAAUACUGGAUGGUUGACGUAUGGAGUUAUAUUGGAGAAGUUUCGAGAGCAAGAUCCUAGCUUAGUGGAAAGGAUUAAGGCAUGUGUUGUGGAUUCUGCACCAGUUGCAGCUCCUGACCCACAGGUCUGGGCUUCGGGAUUCUGUGCUGCAUUUCUGAAGAAGAAUAGUGUGGCUACGAAAGGACAUGCUAUUUCGAAUGUGGAGCUUAGAGUUGGCAGUGCAAAAUCGCUCAACCAGCCACCAAAGCCUGCACUAACUGAAGUAGCUCUGCAAGUGGUUCUGGAGAAGUUCUUUGGUGUUGUGCUGAAUCUUCCUACAGUGAACAAGAGACUCUCUGAUAUACUGAGUGUGCUAUCUUCGGACCAACCAAGGUGUCCACAGCUAUACAUUUACAGCUCGGCCGACAGAGUGAUCCCUGCUGGAUCGGUGGAAUCGUUCAUAGAGAAGCAGAAGAAGGCUGGGCACGAGGUUAGGGCUUGCAACUUUGUGUCGACGCCUCAUGUUGAUCAUUUCAGGAGUGACCCCAAAUUGUAUACUGGUCAGCUCACCCACUUCAUCGACGAUUGUGUGAUUAGAUGCUGCAACCAUUCUUGAUUGAUCUAUGAUUAACAUGUUAAAUGAAGGGAGGGCAAGAGG